ACCUCGUGACAAACCCGCCCAAACAAAAAACUCCCGAUGACGUCACGUCAGAGGAUCACGGAAGUAGACCAGACGACGAAAGACAACAGACUCGAACACAAUCCAGUUGCCGUGUUUUCGACUUUUACCGACAAAUUAGCGCUAUCAUGCUUGGAGGCUUCAAAUCAGAGAAGUUAAAAGUCAACCUCCGGCUAGUCGUCCAGAGACUUAAACUCCUUGAGAAGAAGAAAACUGAGCUUGCCCAAAAGGCUCGCAAGGAGAUUGCAGAUUACCUGUCGUCAGGAAAAGAUGAGCGGGCACGGAUCCGUGUGGAGCACAUCAUCAGGGAGGACUAUAUGGUGGAAGCCAUGGAGAUCUUGGAGCUUUACUGUGACUUGCUGCUGACUCGCUUCGGUCUAAUUAAGUCUAUGAAGGAGCUAGAUCCAGGCUUGCAGGAGGCGGUGUCCACUCUUAUCUGGGCAUCCCACCGCCUUGAGGCUCAGGUGUUGGAGUUAAAGAUCGUAUCAGACCAGUUAUGUGCAAAGUAUAGCAAGGAAUACGGCAAGCUGUGCAGGUCAAACCAGAUUGGAACUGUCAAUGAACGACUGAUGCACAAGCUGAGUGUGGAAUCCCCUCCUAAGAUCUUGGUGGAGCGCUACCUGAUUGAGAUAGCCAAGAACUAUAAUGUUCCGUAUGAUGCUGAUGCGAUAGUCAGGCCUGAGGUGAGUCACGGAGGAGAAGCUGACCUGAUUGAUGUGAACAACUACAAGAAGCCUGGAGGAGGAAGUGGAGGUGGAGGUGGUGGAGGUGGCGGGGGCGGCGGCGGGUUCACUGCUCCAGUCAUGCCAAUGCACAUGCCCAUGCCCAUGCCCAUGCCUAUGCCCAUGCCUGUACCUUUCAACUACCCACAACCCAAAGGAGCAGAACCAUUUAUCCCGCCCGUCGGAUCCUACAGCAGCUUCCCGCACCCUGUGGGAGGAGGGCAGCCCCCUCAGCUGCCCACGUUUCCUCCCACAUACGAGUCUAUUGACGACCUAAAAAACUCACAUCCUCCUCCUUUCCAGGCUGUAGGUCCUUCAUCACAGAUAUAUGACAACACCACCCUCCCAGAUCUUCCCUCUGUCCCUGACUCGCUUCCCACCUCCUCCUUCGGCGGAAACACCACUUCAGAUGACCUCGACUUUGAUGACUUGUCACGACGCUUUGAAGAGCUGAAGAAGAAGACCUAAGAGGGGUUUUUUUUUUGGUUCCACGUCAUUGAAGACCAACAUGUGGGCUGGUGGUUCUGUGGGAAGUAAAUCUUGCUUAAGGCUCAGAAUUGGCUAUUUAUAUACAAAUCAUAUAUUUACUUUUACCUUACAUAGAAAAGGUUAUGAUUGCAAACAGUCUGGUGUUUUGACUUUUUAUCUAUUUUACUUUUUUGGAGUUUCCCUGUUUAAACACUUCCUUUUCCCUGGUGUGACAUACUUUGCAAUGAAGUAGUUUUAUCUGUCAAACACAGCAGUCAGGCCGUCCUUGACUGUUCUUUGCACAUUAUGACGUAACGCUGUGAUCUGUGUUUCCUCCUAGACCUGUCCAACAAGUCCGACUUCCCCGUCUACCUCGAUAGGUGUUUCUGUUAAGGUUUCUGUUGCGAUAGCUCUAUUCAUUGUGUUCACCACACAUAGAAGCCAUAAAGACACAUGGCAUUUGUGUGACAACCCAUAGCAGAGAAGAACAUUGUCUUUUUAUGUAUAUAUAUAUAUAUAUGUGUGUAUACAUAUGUGUGUAUAUAUAAAUAUAUAUAUAUCUCUGAUUACACAGCCUGAUUUUAUAUCUAUAUAUUAAGCCCAAAGAGAGGUUGUAGUUCUCUAUGUGUCUCCACACAUCUUCCUUCCACUGUAUGUUUACCGCUGUAUUUGCCUUAAACUGUACACUCCCACUCGAGGCCUGCUUGAUCUACAAGGAUAGCACAUCAAGAACAAAUGGUUUGGUUUUGAUUAGCUGGUGAGAAGUGGCAGUGACAUUUGUCAUGCACUUGUCAUGAGUUUUCCAACCUGACCACACCUAGCUCAGCUUGUUUAUUGAGAAGAGCCUUGAAUUAUUCGGCACUUUCCGGAAAGAAGAUGUAAAAGCUAACGAGGAGAGUAAAUAACACUACCAAAACUGCUUUUGGAUUAUUGGACAAUGUUACCUUUUGUACAAUAAACAUUUAAUACAAGUAUGAA